UAUAUCUUCAACUUCCUAAGUAACAGAACCAGAAUGUCCGGAUUGCCAUGGGAAAGCGAGGAAAGCCAAAACUACAUUCGAGCGGACUACAUUGUCACUGAUGCUGUGAGGAAGGAAUUGAGGGAUUUCUUUAUUCAUGAAUGGAACAAACGUUACCAGGCUUCUCUCGGAGCGUGGGAUGACACAAACGUCAGUGGUAGUCAGUUGUUUAAUCUGGAGAAAAAACGAGCAAGGCCAAAUAAGACCAUGCUUCAGUCUAAAUUUCAAAAUGGAGAUACAAAUGAGUGGGAUUGUACCGUACUUUUUGAUGCAAUUCUUUAUUCCAACUCAAUCGGUGGUAGUCUUAGUACAACAGAAAAGACUGAAAUCGAUAUUCUUCGAAAACUGCGAAAUGAAAUAACUCAUAAUAUACCUGACAAAACGCUAACUAAUAAAGACUUUCAAACCAUGACAACAAAAGUUGAGAAUGCAUUGGGUGCAUUAGGACUGUCAAUGAACGAGGUCGUUCGAAUAAAAAACCUGUUUGCGUCAUUUAUAAUUCUUCCCCCUGAACCAGCCCAUGAAGUCGUUUACCGUUCUGACAAGAUACACGAGAUAAGAGAAGACAUUGAAAAGUUGCGUAGUGAUAACGAUGGCAAACUUACAUAUUUUUACAUCUCUGGGAAUCCAGGCAGUGGAAAAUCACAACUUGCCAGACAAGUUUGUGAAGAUAUUUGCAAAGAUGUUCAUGCGAAGGACGAAGUAAUGUUUGUAAUGACAUUGAACGGAAAAGAUUUAGAUUCUCUUUUUUAUUCGUAUGAAAAUUUUUGUCGUCGGCUGAAUUGUAACGAGAGCGCAUUGCAAAGUGUUUCAAGUUCAUCUAAAACUAAAGAAGAGAAAAUCAAAGAUUUAAGAUCGCAAAUAUCUUGCAGAAUUAAAAAUUGGAAAAAAUGGUGGAUCAUCGUAGACAAUGUGGAAAAUCUAGAACUUAUAUCCCCACUACUGCCUUUGAAGGGAGACGAAGUUUGGAAGGACGGCCAAGUUAUAUUAACAACACAAAACACAAAUGCUGUUCCACAAGACAGCGUCUCAACUAAGCAUAUCUCACUUAUUCAUGGAAUGAAUGACCAAGAGUGUCGCCAGCUGCUUGUCCUCUUAUCGUGUACCGAAGUCGAUAACCCAAUACUAGAUGAGGUGGCGGAGAAGUUAGAUCGUCAACCACUGGCAAUUGCCGCGGCAGCCGUGUAUAUGAGAGAAGUAAGCAAUAGUUGCCCAGAUUUUUCUUGGCGAGAUUAUUUACGAAAGCUCGAGAAAGGUAAAAGAGGGUUAACGGAAAAACGUCUUCAGCAGAUAAAUUCAGCAGCAUAUUCGUCCACCAUGAGCACAGCAGUGCUGUUAGCUGUUGAAAAAUGUGGAGAAAAUAACACCAUUCUUGAACAUGCUUUCAACCUUUUCUCUUUGAUAUCGUUUGAACCACUACCACUUGAACUUGUUGUAAAAUAUGUUCAGCAGCAAGAAGAUUUAGAGGCCGAGGAUAUUACUCCGACAUUAAAACACUGCUCGUUGUUUGUUCAAGUUUGUAAUGAUGGUGAUAUCCGCCUUCAUCGUGUUGUUCAUGAAGCUGUCAAAACACUUUUCAACAAAACUAAAGGAGAUAAUAUUCCCGAGACUGGUAUUCAAAAUAAGGACAGAAAAACCCCACAAAACAUUAGUAAAGUUAUUCACGACGCUCUCGCACUGAAAAUUCGCAACCUGGGUUCUGUUUGUGAAAGUAAAGGUGAUCUUGAUCGUGCUAAUGAUUAUUAUGAACGUGCUUUGGAAAUUCAAUUGGAUCGACUAGGACCGAACCAUACUAAUGUUGCUAUCUCAUACAACAACCUGGGUGAUGUGUGUAAAAGAAAAGGUGAUCUUGAUCUUGCUAAUGAUUAUUAUCAACGUGCGUUGGAAAUUCAAUUGGAUCGACUAGGACCGAACCAUACUAAUGUUGCUAUCUCAUACAACAACCUGGGUGAUGUGUGUAAAAGAAAAGGUGAUCUUGAUCUUGCUAGUGAUUAUUAUCAACGUGCGUUGGAAAUUCAAUUGGAUCGACUAGGACCGAACCAUACCAAUGUUGCUAUCUCAUACAGCAACCUGGGUGAUGUGUGUAAAAGAAAAGGUGAUCUUGAUCGCGCUAAUGAUUAUUAUCAACGUGCGUUGGAAAUUAAAUUGGAUCGACUAGGACCGAACCAUACUAAUGUUGCUAUCUCAUACAACAACCUGGGU